GGCGUUUUACUGGAUUCUUGUCUUAAAAAGUUCUUUUUAAGGGUGUGGGGAAUUUGACUUGUCUGAUUUUAAUUUGGGUGUGGAGAAUUUUUCUCCGAUUCCGAAGUUUCUUUUAUUCUUCUGAAAAAUGGGUUUUUGAUAUGGCUGUGGUUGAGGAUUGUUUUGCUGCUUCUCUUAUGUUCUUCUUUUCCUUUCAACCGAAUUGUGUUUUGGAAAUGAAUUGGGCUGUGCGUGAAUGCUGAUUUUAGGCUUCAUAUCGUGGUGAGUUUGCUUGGAUGUCUGUUUGUUAAGGGAAAAUGGUAUCCUUCCGGAGUAUCAACUUGCCCCUGAGGGUGUUGAACAGGCACGGUUGGCUGGAGUACAAUUCUUAAAGGAUCCAAGGUAAUAUGGGAUGAUUUCUCUUAAAUGGCUUGGCUCUCCCACCCCAAUAAUUAACUUUUGGGAAUUGAAGGAAAAUUCUAUAUUGCUCGAAAAUGUUCGUAUUUGCUAUUCGCCAUUCUCUAGAACAAUUCAUACGGCUAAAGUUGCUGCAUCUGUACUGAAUCUUCCAUUUGAAGGUCCCCAGUGUAAGAUGAUAGAGAAUCUGAGGGAACGCUACUUUGGUCCUUCAUUUGAGCUCUUGUCUCAUGACAAAUAUGAAGAAAUCUGGGCACUUGAUGAGGAGGAUGCAUUCAAGCGGCCUGAAGGUGGAGAAAGCGUUGAAGAUGUUGCUUCAAGGCUUGCCAAAGCAAUUCUUGAAAUUGAGUCACUAUUUCAAGGGUGUGCAAUCUUAGUGGUAAGCCAUGGGGAUCCCCUACAAAUUGUUCAGGCAAUGAUGGGAUCGGGCGGCAAGCAAGAUGGAUCAACUCCUUCUAAUGAUUUGUCAUCAAUGUUAGAAGCCCUCAUGACCAAACCUAUUCUCUCCAACCACCGACAAUUUGCACUCCUCACCGGAGAACUUCGACCUCUCCUUUGAAUUCCCAUAACUUCUCAAAGGAUUUAUUCAAGAAACAUGAUAGCUUAAAUGCUUUUUCUUUCUUUCUUUCUUUCUUUCUUUCGUUUUAUUUAUAUUAAUAUAGUCAUGGAAAUUUGUAUAUCUUAUCUAAUUCUCAACUUAUUAAAAAAUUGAUAAGUAAUAAAAGUAGGUCAAUAUGUAAGAUUUUACAACUUCA